GAGACUAAUGAGAGUAGAAUUUAAUGUAACUAUGUUUCCAACUUUUCACUGUCUGCCUUCUAAUAAUGGCUUCUUUUGAAACUAUUGCAAUGUAAAACUUGUUGUUCCCCCCCUCCCCAGUCAGUGAAGGUUGGAAUGGAGCAGGACCCGGGUUUGGAGCGAGCUCGGGGUAAAGGUUCUCACGGCAGUUGGAGUCAGCUCGGGGCUCGCGGCUCUAUGUCGCCGAGCCCAUCAACAACGGUAUUUAACGGUUAAAGCACAUUCAUAGUUAUUUCCCUUUAAAAGAGAGCUCAGGAAACGUCACCGGCAAAAGAAAUGCGAAGAUCUUCCAGUCGGCUACGACAGCAACGAUGCCUUCCGGGAUUGUAGUAGCAUCAAGAUCAGGCUGAAAGCGGUACCCACAUCUGAUUCAGAGUGACUAGGGUCACAACUUUGAGAGCAAGAUCCUCCAGAUGCUUUGCAAGGUCUAUGGCAUUGCCAAGAGAGGCUCCACGCCCGAUCAUCCAGAGGAAGUGAACAGUGAAAAUAAUUCAACCAUACUCUGCAUGACUGUUGUGUAUCAAAAAUAGCCUGAGUGGCUCCUGGACAUGGUUUGUUUUGGAAUGGCACCCUGUCCUCACCCACAGGCUAUCUUUUCUUUGGACAAGACCCAGACCUUCCAUCUCCUUGUGCUCACCACAUCUACUGAUGGAAAUGGACAGGUAAAUGAAUGAAUAGCUAAGCAUCACAUGAGCUAACCUAGGAGUUCAAGAUGGCAUCCACGAGAGCCAAGAAAGGAACACUAAGAAGAAAAUUGAUUGAAUAAUAGAAGUGCUGAUUGGACUGACUUUCCCCAAUCAGAGCAAGAGUAUUCCUCCAAAUCAGUAUUAGUGGUCAGAAUAAGCCCGGUAUCCUGAAUCCUACUGAGUCAUCAAACAGCUGGACACACAUGGUCGCACCAAUAUUAUUGAACCAAUAGGCUGGAGAGCAGCCUCAGAAAACAGUUCAUUGAGUGGGAGUUGUUUCAGGCUAAAAUUGUGUAAUGGAACCUGAAGUUGGGAUGCCUGAUGGCUCAUACGGAAGAGCAAAACAAUGAGUACCCUGGAGUUGGUUGUGAAUCCAGGGAAUAUAUGCAAUAUGAGGAAGCCUACUCCUGGUAGAUGGCUCAGAGAUGACUGGCUGGGAAGCAGCAACUGAAAAUGCUGCUGAUCGUACAACUCCUGGAGACCUGACCACAGUAGACUGCAAUGUGGUGAUCUGCUGCACAGACUGGACCCCAUGGAAAGCAUCAAUAAAAGCUGAGGAGGUUAUCUUGAAGAAAUGUUGGCUGUCACCCGAAACUUGCCAUUUUCCUGGAUCGGUAAUGCAAGAAGAGCAUGCUGCAAGUAAUGUGGACCCAAACAUUCUAGCCACCAUAGCACAAUCAAACUUGCUAAUCACAUAAUUGUUUCAUUUCACUGCAUAUUUGUAAAGGCCAGAUACCAAUGGAAUAAAGAAUCCUGACGUCAUGGCUUUUGGGCUGUCCAUGCGUUUGAGUCCAUGCGCUUGAGUCUCACAUUACAAAGUAUGAAUGAAAUAUGUCUAGAAACAAAUAAUUGCUGAACCAAUAUUUAAGAUUCAUUAAUGAAUCCCCGAGUCAAAAGAAAAUGAAGGAGAGACAAGAGGGCAGGAGAAAGAAAACGUGGGGCUGAUCAUAUUUCCUUUAAGCAUACCUAGUAUUUAUGCGGAGAGAUCAGUAAAAGAGGUGGUGAGCCUUUACAACAAGUUUCUGUCUUUCAGCAAUGGAUUCCAUCUCCAUUAUGAGGAAUAUGAAAGACGCCAGUGAGACCUUCUUACCGAAUGACAUGAGUGGCUUUAAGGAAGCAUCCAAGUCUACCAUAGGGAUUUUAGGAAGUGGAGACUUUGCAAAAUCACUUGCAAUCAGAUUAAUCCGAUCUGGGUACGCUGUUGUAAUAGGGAGCAGAAACCCCAAACGAGCUGUUGGGUUCUUCCCUCCAGUUGUUGAAAUUGUGCAUCAGGAAGAUGCUGUUUUGAAAACCAAUCUUAUAUUUGUUGCUAUGCAUCGAGAGCACUAUACCUCCUUAUGGGACCUCAAGCACUUACUUAUAGGCAAAAUCCUCGUGGAUGUGAGUAACAAUGUACGAAUAAACCAAUACCCAGAAGCCAACGCAGAGUACCUUGCUUCACUAUUUCCAAAUUCCACUGUGGUAAAAGGCUUUAAUGUAAUAUCUGCCUGGGCACUGCAGUUUGGUCCAAAAGAUGCUAACCGACAGAUUUACAUUUGCAGCAAUGUGGUGGAAGCCCGGCAGCAGAUCAUUGAACUUGUUCGGCAGCUGGACUUUACCCCAGUUGAUAUGGGAACAUUGGCUUCAGCAAAGGAGAUUGAAAACAUGCCCCUUCAUCUCUUUACCCUCUGGAAAGGCCCCGUGCUUGUGGCAAUUGGCUUAUCCAUAUUCUUCUAUAUAUAUUCAUUCAUCCGAGACAUUGUUCACCCCUAUGUGAAGAACAAACAGAGUGACUUCUAUAAAAUUCCAAUUGAAAUGGUGAACAAGACCUUGCCUGUGGUUGCGAUUACUCUCCUCUCACUUGUAUACUUGGCAGGUUUGUUGGCAUCUGCUUUCCAGCUGAAUUCUGGAACUAAAUAUCGUCGUUUUCCUCCCUGGCUGGAACAUUGGCUGCAGUGUCGUAAGCAGUUGGGGCUUUUGAGUUUCUUUUUUGCCUCAGUUCACACCAUCUACAGUCUCUGCCUUCCAAUGCGUCGCUCAGAACGAUACUUCUUCCUCAAUAUGGCUUAUCAACAGGUUCACAUCAACAUUGAAAAUUCCUGGAAUGAAGAGGAGGUAUGGAGAAUGGAAAUGUAUAUUUCCUUUGGAAUUAUGAGUCUGGGUCUUCUCUCAUUGCUGGCAGUUACAUCUAUCCCUUCAGUCAGCAGUUCAUUGAAUUGGAGGGAGUUCAACUUUAUUCAUUCUACACUUGGUUAUGUGGCCCUUCUUAUCAGCACCUUCCAUGUUCUGAUUUAUGGAUGGAAACGAGCCUUUGAGGAGCAGUACUACAGAUUUUACAUGCCGCCAAACUUUAUACUAGCUCUUAUUCUGCCUUUCACUGUUAUCCUUGGGAAACUUAUUUUGUUGCUUCCAUGUAUCAAGAGAAGAUUGAGGAAAAUACGCAAGGGUUUGGAAAAGAGCCAAUUCACAAAUGAUACUUCAACAAUACUUCUUCAAGCAUCCCCAGAAAGAGUAACUGUUAUGUGACAUUUUGCCAAACAUUGAUUCUAUUCAAAGCCAUUCAAGUUUAUGAAAUUGAGACCUCUGUGUUAAAUUUGUUUAAAUACGCUGUAAGUUAUAGACAAAUCAUCUUUGGAACUUCCUCUGUGUUUCUUUGCCUGCUGGCUAAUGAUGGAUUCUGUAUUAAUUGUAGACUAGUGAAUAGUUUGUGAGAAUUCAUGGUUUAUCUCAAAAGAUGAACUCAGUUCAUAAGUAGAAGGAGAUGAUUCAAUUGUCUGUUUUGUUUAUGCCAGAUUUUAAGUUAAAUACAUUAAAUUAGUUCAGUAUUUAAAUGGUAAAGUGCAGUGAUUAGUAAUGGUAAACAUUUUAGUAAUAUGAUGUCUGCACACAGUUGGAAGAAUCUGUUAAAUAUUUUUAUUCCUGUUCUGUUGCUUACUUGGGAGAAAAUUUGAUUAACCUUACCUGUCUCGAGCAUUGCCAGGAAUGCUCUUUAUAAUCAUUACUUCAAAUGCCAUGCUAAAAUGUAUUUUCUGUAUAAUAAUGUGAAAAUUAAGUUUAUUUAACAAUUUAAGGAAAUUAUUGCUAAGGAAAUGGAUAUUGCUCGCCAAAGGCUCAGGAUGUAAUUAUAUUGUUGUACCAGACAGUGUGAUGAGAUACGUGGUUGGCGAUUUAGUCUGUACUGGCAUUUGUUUUUUCUAAAAUUCUGCUUCUGGUAAACUAGGAUGACCAUUUCAUUAAAUUUCUGUUCUAUUACA